AUGGAUAUUUACACCCGCAUUCGGACAAGCAUAACGUCCUGGAAAAAUGACACACCCCUCCCAACCAACCUACCAGCAGAACCAAAAUUCCAGUCUUGGCACCACUUCAAUGCUACCUCCCAGCAGUGGGAACCAGUGAGCGCGAAUGAAAAAGCAAAGCCACCCUGCACCGAUGAUACCACAUCAUCCGAUCUAACGCUCUUGACCUGGAACAUCGACGCACUAUCCGCGGGGACGCAAGAACGCGUCCCGGAAAUUCUGAAAUUCAUCAACCAACUAGCAUCCAAGCCAGACAUCAUAUUCCUGCAAGAAGUUUCCCAGCAAGCCUUGCAACUAAUUCUGAGCGAUGAACGUAUCCGUGAAUCAUGGUUCUCAAGCGAGCACGAGAACACGCCAUGCAGACACCCAUUCACGACAAUGACCCUAGUAUCCAAGACACGCUUUGGAUCCCGACAUUCCUCCGAGAUAAGUGAGUAUGCACUAGGACCUGUUUGGAGGGUAGCAUUCCCUAGUCACUUCGGAAGAGAUGUACUCUUUUGCGAUCUCUUCGUUCCUUCAUCUACAGACACUUCUACCACGCGAGUACGGUUUGCAAACGUCCAUCUGGAUUCCCUGCCUAUCAGGCCCUCCCAUCGGCCCCAGCAACUCUCUAUUGUUUCUUCUUUUCUGCGUAGUACGGGUUGUGGGCUUGUUGCUGGUGAUUUCAACCCGGUUCUGGAUGAAGAUGCUGUUCUCAUUGAGAAUAAUGGACUUACGGAUGCGUGGAUGGCACUUCGUCCGGCAGAUCCGGGGUAUACUUGGGGUGCGGAUGGGAAGCAGCGGUUUCCGCCGAAUCGGAUGGAUAGAGUCGCGAUGAUUGGUCUCAAAGCGAGAGAAAUUGAAGUAUUUGAGCCUGGACGGGUGGGGGAGUUGGAUGGCGGACAGGGUACGGAAAGGGACGCGGAUAUACCCGAGUCUGAGCAGACUGAGCCCGCAGCAGCCAUGCCGUGGAGUGAUCACCAUGCUUUGCUUUGCUCUUUUCGAGUUGGAAAGUGA